AUGGCGCCAAUGGGCCUUGUUUACCUAGGUAACGCGGACGGCGAGGUUAGGUCGUGUAAUUUCUACGGCCGUCCACCCAAGCCUGUGCCCGGUGAGCGCUGGAUGAAGACGGCACUGCGAGAGGCGUACCAACGAUGCAAUCAGCAGAAUUACACUGGCCCUACAGGUUGCUGCAACGGGAAGCCACUCGGUAUGAAGGAUCGCUCUAUCCCAGACAGUAGCAUCACGGAAUUGAGGCAUUACGGAGGAUGGGUGACAGCCUUAGCGCGACUAGAUGAUAGCAGAUGCUGGGGUUUUUUCCCGUCUAAUGGGUACAGCUGGAUACAGGUCGACCUCGGUGCCAUGUACAGUGUUUCCGGUCUGAUCACUAGAGGUCAUCCGGGGCACUUCUGGGUGCUUGAAUAUCAAGUCUCAUACAGCUUCGACGGGGAUAAUUGGCGUAAUGUGACCGAGGCAAGCGGGACAACCAAGACAUCGCCUGAACAGGUGGAAGCCCCUAAGAAGUUCACAGGAAACAUCGACGGGAGCUCCCAUGUAACCACUCAGUUCCCGAUGGCCGUGCGCACCCGAUUCCUUCGAAUUGAACCCACACAGUGCACUCGUUUCUGUUGCCUUCAGUUUGAGGUGUUGGGUUGCUCUGAUAUAUAAAAGAAGAAAAGAAAAAGGAAUGAACAGUUUCGUGCCACUUUCAUUACUCAAACCUAUGGGGACAGAGCUCGUCAAACCAAAAUUAGGUAUCGUCGCCAUCAUGCAAAACUAUUACGGCAGGCUUGAUGAGAGUGUAAUUCAUAUAACAUUCGAAAGAUAUAUAGUCGUGUUACUAUCUGUGCUGAAGUGAAGACAGGUUUUUUUUCA